AUGAAAAGGUUGAAGAGGUCCCGAGCGCUCAGGAGGUGGAGGGCGACCGGAGAGGAUGCCGAGACGAAGAAAGAGGACGGGAAGGAUGGUAAUGAGGGCAAGAAGGAGAACGAGGCGGACAAGCCAGAGGCUCUCGCCGACGCUGGCUGGAUCAUACAGGAGCCGUACGUCAGCGAUGUGCUGGACGCCGCCAAGGCGGCCAGUGGCCUUCCCGUCAGCGCUGUGGACUUCGUCGAGAUGUGCGGCGGCUGCUCGCGCGUUCCGUGGGUUAAGGAGAUGUGCUCGCAGGCUUUCGGCGGCAAGGAGCUCUCCACCACCAUGAACGCGGACGAGUGCGUGGCGCGCGGUUGCACACUGCAGGACGCUGUGCGAGUUGGCGGCGGCGCUGCGGCCGCAAGAGGUUCGAAAACGUGGCAGCGGCAGUGCGCGAGUACCUCGCCGGCGUCGUUGACAAGGUGGAUCCGAGGGCGUUCAACAAGGAGAUGUUGAAGCCGACGCCUGAAGAUGCGCACGGCCCCGAGGCGCGCAGACACGGGCAAUGCCUCGUCCUGGUUGCAUUGAUACAUUCCCUCCGUGUUUCCACCAUGAUGGAGUCAUCGACCCGCUCAUUGGCAGCGCGCCCGCCCUCCCAUGAUGGCCCCCCUCGCUGCUCGCUCCGUAGCGACGCCCCAGCGGGCAUCGGAGCGGCAGAAGAAGCACGGCUCCAGUGGGAAGUAGCAGUGAGGGGCGGCGCGGGGUGCGCCGACAGAAUGGCGCGCGCGGAGGGGGCGCGCGGCCGCAGGGAGAAACAGCUCGCGCACCACUCAGUCGAGCACCGUGGUGGCAGACCCCCAGCUUGAAGUUGCAUGGUUUCGUGUGAGACGUCCGACUUAGACGUGAACGGUUGGCGCGGACGUCCUGGGACGGAUGCGUUAACAUCUUGCCAGGGGGCGAGCCGCCACGGUGCCCGGUGCCCUCCUCCCCCCCCCCUCCUCUCCUCGUCAUCAUCAUCAUCGUCAGCGUCAUCGCCAUCGCCG